AUGAGUGUUGUGGAAACCAGUACAGAAGAGCCCCUGGCACCUCCAGCCCCAGUACCAGGGGCCCCAUUAACCCCGGGAGCGCCCGACGGCACUGGGCCUCUCAUACCAGUACCUGUAGCUCCGCGAAAACCGCCACGAAGAGGCCCCAAGGUUCUACAAGAGCGCCCCAAGCGAGCCUUGUUCUGUUUGACACUUAAGAACCCUUUGAGGAAGCUCUGUAUCGACAUAGUGGAAUGGAAGUAUCCUUUUUAUUUAGAACGCUUAAUGGAUUCUGUUUUAAUGCAAUCAAAGAGAUUUAAAUAUACUACUACUACUACUUAA